AUGCCCACUUCUGACCUCUGUGGGCAUUGCAUGACAUGGGCACACUUUGUAAGUGUGAGACAAUAAAGUCAUUCAUACAAAGAGCCACCAAUGGGUUUAGGAGUUACAGCUUGACCAACCAGACAGAUGAUAGCAUUCAGAAACAUUUGAUGAAUAGUUCAACUAGUUCAACUCAUAUCUGUUGUGAUCAGCUGACUAUCUAGGGAAACUUUAAAACAAACCCCUUCCCUGCCUUUCUUAAUAAUUAUAGGGGAUACUCUGAGGCUGCGAACUAUUCUGGAAGCAAUACAGAAGCAUAUCCAUUCUUCCUCCCUCAUCUUCAAACUGGCUCAAGAUGCAUUCAAGAUUGCUACUCCUACAGACAACACUACAGACAGCACCCUGCUCAAUGUGGCCCUGGAGCUGGGGUUACAGGUGAUGCGGAUGACUUUAUCAACCCUUAACUGGAGGCGCCGAGAAAUGGUGCGAUGGUUGGUGACUUGUGCUACAGAAGUGGGUGUGCGGGCCCUGGUGAGCAUCUUGCAGAGCUGGUACACACUCUUCACCCCCACCGAGGCUACUAGUAUUGUAGCUGCUACAGCUGUAUCCCACACCACUAUCCUGCGCCUCAGUCUGGACUACCCACAGCGGGAGGAACUGGCUAGCUGUGCUCGCACACUGGCCCUACAAUGUGCUAUGAAAGAUCCACAGAGCUGUGCCUUGUCAGCCCUUACACUCUGUGAGAAAGACCACAUUGCUUUUGAGGCAGCCUACCAGAUUGCCAUUGAUGCUGCUGCUGGUGGCAUGACUCAUUCACAGCUCUUCACCAUUGCCCGCUACAUGGAGCUCCGUGGCUACCCGCUACGUGCCUUCAAGCUGGCCUCACUGGCCAUGAGCCAUCUUAACCUGGCCUACAACCAGGACACCCACCCAGCCAUCAAUGAUGUACUCUGGGCUUGUGCCCUCAGUCACUCUCUGGGCAAGAAUGAACUGGCAGCUCUCAUUCCCCUGGUGGUGAAAAGUGUACACUGUGCUACAGUGCUAUCAGACAUCCUGCGGAGGUGCACUGUGACUGCACCUGGCCUGGCCGGUAUCCCAGGCCGCCGGAGCUCUGGAAAGCUCAUGUCCACUGACAAAGCUCCACUGCGCCAGCUACUGGAUGCCACCAUCAAUGCCUAUAUCAACACGACACACUCGCGUCUGACACACAUAAGUCCCCGCCACUAUGGAGAGUUCAUCGAGUUUCUGAGCAAGGCUCGGGAGACCUUCCUGCUACCCCAAGAUGGUCAUUUGCAGUUUGCCCAAUUCAUUGACAACCUCAAACAGAUUUACAAAGGCAAGAAGAAGCUGAUGCUGCUGGUUCGGGAGCGCUUUGGCUGAGAAAGUGGAUAGUUUGUUGCCAGGCAGCCUGGGCUCCCAGGUACCAUCACGUAAGGCCAAGGAUUCAGAAACAUUUGUCUACCCUGAGAGGACUCUUGAGCACCUAUGGCUGCAGCCAAAGUGCCACAGGCCUAAGGAUGGGGAGAACCCAACUCUAGUCAGUAUGCCUGCCUUGGCAAGCUUCUAACUACAGCCCACUGUUCCUGGAGGAGCUGGGCCCUGCAGAUCGAUCAGAAGCCCCCACAACAUGCCACCUCACGCCCCUAUAUCCUGCGUGUCCUGGCCAUUGGCCCUUCUCCUUUGGCAAACACAGAACACUGUUCCGUCUCAGGGAUUGCUUAACCAGAGAAACAGAAGCAUUUAUGGUACUGUAAAUACUAUAGUAUAUGUGUUGCCAAUUAUUGUAAAGCUGUUAACUAUUUAUAAUUCUGAUUCUAAUUUGAUGGGCACUUAAAGUAGCUGUGGGUGGGAGGAUAGGCUUGUUUUCAGAGGAGACUCAAAACCAUUUCUCAGGUUUCCCAUGCAGAGUGUAUGCUGUUGGCAGUGGAUGAGUGGGGGGCAUCAGGGAAAAAAAAUGGACAGUUAAAAUAAAUCCUGAGUCUUACCUGUGCAGAAACCCCAGCCUGCAGAUAGGGCAUCUAGCCUAGUUGUCAGUAAGGGGCAGAAGUCAAGACUGGGCUUAUUACUUUUGCCUCACAAAGCUAUGAGGACUCUGAAGCUCCUGCCCCUGGCUCACACCCUCCAGGAGCCUGAUAAACAUCUAAAUAACGAGUACAGGGAGAAGAUGAAGGUCUAGAAAGCCACUGAGCUCAUAAUAUGCAUCCUCUCUGGUCACCUUUAUGUUAGAGAGAAUCUGGUUUCAUCUCCAAUUCUGUAUAUAUGUGUGUGUGUGUGUGUGUG